CAGUGAGCCGCAGGAGGCAAUGGGCGAAUGGGCGAGGGCGCCCGCCGGCCCAGCCUCCACGGCGCCCACGUGCAAAGGCCGAGCCGGGGGCCUCCUGGGUUCACCGGCCCCCGGAGCACCAUUCUGUGUGCCGGGCUCUCGCCAACAGCACGGGACUGGAAACUGAGACCCAGAGACUCCAAGUAACCCGCGCAGGGUCGCUAAACGAAGAGGCAAAACGCAGCACCUCCCCAGGCCGGGAGUUCGUCCAAGGGUCGGGCCUAGAGCCUGCGCCCCUAGCAGCCCUACCGGCGUCCGAGGGGCCGGGCGGGCUCGCGGAGGGUGGGUUGCGGUUCUCGGGUGCGUUCCAGAGGGGCGUGGCCAAGAGCUGGGCUGUCCCGGGGCGGGGCGUCCAGGGGGCGGGGCCGAGCGCCUGUGUUUGUUGCACCGUGUCAGUUACAUUGUAACAAAAGUGGUGCAGCCGCUCUUCGGGCCAGCACCCCAGGCCCGCCCGCCGCCAGCUGUCGGCCGACAUGGAACCCGUGGCGAGCAACAUCCAGGUCCUGUUGCAGGCAGCCGAGUUCCUGGAGCGCCGUGAGAGAGAGGCCGAGCAUGGCUACGCGUCUCUGUGCCCGCACCGAAGUCCGGGCCCGGUCCACAGGAGGAGGAAGCGAUCCCCCCAAGCUCCUGGCGCGCUGGACAGUGGGCGGUCUGUGCACAACGAACUGGAGAAGCGUAGGAGGGCCCAGCUGAAGAGGUGCCUGGAGCAGCUGAAGCAGCAAAUGCCCCUGGGGGCUGACUGUGCCCGAUACACCACACUGAGCCUUCUGCGCAGGGCCAGGAUGCACAUCCAGAAGCUGGAGGAGCAGGAGCAGCGGGCCCGGCGGCUCAAGGAGAAGCUGCGCAGCAAGCAGCAGAGCCUGCGGCGGCAGCUGGAGCAGCUCCGGGGGCCGGCGGGGCCUGGUGAGCGAGAGCGGCCGCGGGCCGACAGCCUGGACUCCUCGGGCCUCUCCUCCGAGCGCUCCGACUCGGACCAAGAGGAGCUGGAGGUGGACGUGGAGAGCCUGGUGUUCGGGGGCGAGGCCGAGCUGCUGCGGGGCUUCAGUGCGGGCCAGGAGCACAGCUACUCACACGGCGCCGGCGCCUGGCUAUGACCCCCGUCACCCAGAGCGGCCUCUGCCCUCAGACUGCCCUCCGCUCCGCCAGGCCGGAGCCGUCCCCCAGCCCCCGGGGCUGCUCGGAGUCACCUCCCGUUGGAAUGGACUACAAGGACCUUGUGUGGGAACAGGGCGCCCCCUACCGCGCUGGCGGCACCCCUCCUAGAAGGGGCGCCGGGCCUCCCGGAGCCCUGCAGGGCAGGCAGCUUGGGCCCAGGCUGCCGUUCCCGGUCUUUGGUUUUUUGUAGCACUUGGGUCUGCCUUCCUCGGGGGCAGGAAGCCUCUUGGGCCCUCACGUUCCUUCCUAAAUGAGGGCUCCCGGCCUUUGCCCCCCGUGUACUGUACAGUAUUUUCAUUAAAAGCCUCUUUCUUAACUUCC